AAAAAAUAAAAAUAUAAAUAUUAUCAAAAAAAGUAAAAAUACAAAAAUGCAUUCAUAUUGCAGUCCAGCAAAAUCAUAUACACCCUAUUUAAGACGUUCAUCAGUAUCUACAUCUUAUUUAACAAGAAAUCCUUAUAUAACAACUUAAUCAUUUAGUGUUCUAAGCCCACCUCCUUUAAGACAAGAAUGGACCGAAUAUUAGCCUGUUGAAAAAAAAUAUAUUUCAUAUGUUCCUGAAGUAAAAGUCGACUAUAAGCCAGUUGAAAGGGUAUAUAAAGACUAUGUGGAAAUUAAACAUGUUACAAAUUAUGAACCUGUAAAAAGAUUAGAAAAAAGAACAUAAUAUGUCAAGGUUAACAAUUACGAUGAAUAUAUUGAUUACGUUCCAAGAUAAUAUUCUUAUAUUUCAAAAAGCCCAAAUCCAAUUAAUUUGAGAGAAUCUAGAUAUAUCAGUAAUAGAUAAAUUGGAAGUUAUAUACCUUAUAAAAAUAUUUGAUUAUUAUAUUAAUUAUUUAAUUUUGUUUAGUUAUUUAUUAGCUUUUUUGUUUUGUUAUAUUUUUUUAUUUUUAUUGCAAUAUUUUGAUUGAUUGAUUUUUUUA